GUAAAUUCUGAAUUCCCACUUAGUAAGCGUCCCCCCCGUAACUGUACUCACACAGUUGUGUAAAGCCCAGCAGUACAACCAGUGCAUAGCCGCCUGUUAUUAUACUAUCACCCAGUCCACUUUGGAGUUCGUUGUCCGAAGACGCGCGAGCAUAAGCGAAGGAGACCCGAAAGAGCGCGAAAGAUUUCGCUAGUGACCGCAACGUCGAUAACAUAACGAGCGAUUAGUCAGCGUGUAGAAAAAAUAGAACUCUGAGACUUAUUCGUAUUUUAUUGCGCCCCUCUACAGUCCGGGAGCCAGUUUCGAGCGUUUCCUCGGCUGGUGGUGCUCGCUCAUCCUUUCGUCGCGCAGCCUGUGUAUAUUUAGAAAAAAUACACUUUGCUUCCUUUUUCUACUCCGCAAAGGUCGCGAGUGAUCAACACAAUGGGCGACACUGACGUUGCUGACGCAUUCGGCUGUACCAGAAACAGCGUUGCUCCUAUCAACCAAAUUCGCUCUGCUCCAACUGAGCGCUAUGCCACUCAUUACAAUAUGAAUCAUGGGAAGCGUGGGUUGGCAAUUAUAUUCAACCAUGAGUUCUUCAACGUUAGUCACUUGAAGGCACGCUGUGGUACAAAUGUUGAUUGUGAGAACCUCGCUAAUACUCUCAAAAACCUUGGCUUUGAAGUUAAUGAUCUUCAUAACUCGACUCACAAAGAUAUAUCUAAAUACUUGGAAAAGGUGGCAGAAAUGGAUCAUUCCCAGCACGACUGCCUAGUCGUCGCAGUACUAAGUCAUGGAGAGCUUGGCUUGCUGUACGCUCAUGAUACACCGUAUAAGGCUGAUACAAUCUGGUCACACUUCACAUCAGAUAGAUGCCCUACUCUUGCUGGUAAACCUAAACUAUUCUUUAUUCAAGCUUGUCAGGGUGACAGGCUUGAUGGAGGAAUCACUUUGAAGGAAAGGACAGAGACCGAUGGCCAACCUACUGUAACAUUCCGCAUUCCUACACAUGCAGAUUUCUUGAUUGCCUACUCAACUGUGCCAGGAUUUUAUUCUUGGAGAAACACAACUCGUGGUUCAUGGUUCAUGCAGGCUCUCUGCUUGGAGCUCAAGGAGAAUGGUACUCGCUAUGACUUAUUAACUCUCCUUACUUUUGUCUGUCAACGCGUCGCGAUAGAUUUCGAGUCAAACACACCCGACAAUAUAACAAUGCAUCAGCAAAAGCAGAUUCCUUGCAUUACCUCUAUGUUGACGCGUCUGGUCAAGUUUCCACCAGUGCAAAACGGAUCGCAAUAAGUACGUAGCACAAAUACGUAAAAAAAAAAGAAAAAAUACAAUAGAUUAUUGAAUGAGAAACCCUUGCUCAGUCCUUAGAUAAACGUCGUCGAUAUGUUGUAUCGCUUUAUUUUACGCGUUAGAGUUUUUAUUGCUUCGUGACUGUUAUCAUUGAGUCAAAUCAAAUUGCAAUAUUGUGACAACAUUGUAUAAAUGUAUGUGGUAAGCAAUUCUGUGAUAUUGUGUAUUGAGACUUUUUAAUGAGACUAAAUUUUUUAUUUUUUGUCAGUGAUGAAAAUAAUAUUUGAGCGAUUUUGUCAAAAUAUUGAAAACGGUUUAGAAGCAAUGAAAACGUUUUUUGUGAAGGUAUCACAUGUGAUUUAUAUAGAGAAUUGUAACUUUAGCUUGCCAAUAACGCGAGACAUUUCGUGCAAUGUUGAUCCGAGUUUCAAUUGCGCAAGGGUUAAUUUUGAUGGAGAGGUCGAAUUAAACCAAUUUUCAAAUUUUGAAAAUAAAAAGUGAUCGAUGUGUUACCAUUACUGCGUUGUCGGUAGUCGCAACGAAACGCCUUUCUAUUUUCUGUGUUUUCGCUGUUUUUGUGGGAACAAGCCUAAGUUAUUUGGGUCUCAAAGCCUAAGUACUUACGCGAUAGAUAAUCAUUUAUCGAUUAUAUAUGAGCAUUUAUUUAAUAUACCUACUUAACAAGUGUAAGGAAACUUUGCAUUUAUAUUGUCAAUAUACAACUUUACUUGAUCGUAACUUCGAAUGGUGUUUUUUGUACUAGGCUCUUUGAAAAGGCAAACUUUUUACAACGAUGAUCUCUUUUGAUGGUGCCGUGCAUUUAAGCUAUAAUAUUUUAUAAGCCGCGCCGUUUGUGCGAACAAAAUUUUUAUAUUUGAAGGUAAUAUACCGAAUUAUUUGUACCGAUCGUGCAAUUUUUCACAUUGCAAAAAAUGAAUUUUUCUAUGCGUAUAACCGAGUUGUUGAAAAAAAUUUUUUUAUACAAUUAUAUCAUUGUACGUAUUUUUGGACAUUCGCUCGUCGGACAAAGUCGUCAAUACUGAUACUUGGCGUGUUCUGCGAGAAUGCUAUUGUGCCUAAAAUUUAUGAUUUUUAAUCGAUGUCAAAUACUCUUAGCCACGUAAGAACAAAAAAAUGAAUUAAAAAAAUUGUCUUUCACUCAACCGAUGAACGUGUUUUAUUAUGACACAAGAUAAUCAAAUGUGCACACGUACAAAAUCGUGGUAACUGAAGCUACAUUUACGAUUACUAUAUAUAUUUUCGAAUAUCCAUCUAUAUAUUUCUGUAUUACAAAAGAUUAUUUGUACGAUAAAUAAACUGAAAGAAAUAAAUCUAGCUAAACAUA